AUGUCAGGAGCAAAUAGCACAGCGUCUGUUCUUGGGGCACAAUGGACGAACCCAAGCGAGGUAACGACGGUCUUGAUGAUGAUCGGAGGGGAUGUCGUCCAGAAAGCACUCGCGCAAACGACUGGAUGCUGGUACACCCCAGUGUGCUUCUCAUUUGGAUGGGUUCCAUACUCGUUCACUGCUCUCAUCAGUGUCCUCGGUGACGGAAGACUCCUACCAGAGCCUGAUGUAGUAGGAUGCAAGGUUAUCAACCUUAACAGUGGAUAUGCCAGGGACAACAAGAACUGGGUGAUUGGGCGUCUGCUCCGCGACAGUGAGGCACGCGUGCAACGACUGAAACCACCAGGCAAUGAAGCCAUUCGAAUCUCGAUCUGGGAGGCUGUUGAGAACACCAACAAUCCCACGGAGCAUCGGUACUGGUCUAUCCACGUCUGGGGUCUACUAUUCAUGACUCUUCAGCUCGGUCUGGCUAUUGUCCCCUUGCGUCUGUAUGGGGAUUGGGGCAUCCUGCUGAUAACGGGCGUCGGGACCAUCCUCAGCAUGAUGAUGGGCGCCCUUCCUCAAUGGACCGCAGAAAAGCUGCCGAAUCGACAACAUUCGAAGUAA